AAAAAAACCCCUUGUUUCUCUUCUUUACUCACAAACCUUAUCGAGUGAAUAAGAUUGGGUUAGUACCGAGAAAAUGGCGUCGAUGGUAGCUUCUUCUACGUUUCACUCGUUUUGCAGAACUAAAAGCCCGAAUCUUUCUUCGACCCAUCUUCUCCCUUUGUCGAAAAACCUCAGCUUUCGGACCAGAGCUAUCGGAAAUAGCCGAGAUUGCAGCUUUGCUGGGUUUCUGAAACAGAAUCGCCUUGGAUUGAGGAAGCUUUCGUCAGUUGGAGAAGGAGGAGAAGGUGUCGCAGUCGCUGAGGAGCAACCGCAAGAGACCGUCUCUGUGCCUGUGUCUCCUUCUGACAUGCUCACCAUGUUUUUUCAGGCUGAUGGAACUUUGAACGAAGCAGCUAUACCUAAUGUGACAAGGGCCUUGCAGGAUAUUGAUGGUGUUUCCAAUUUGAAGGUCCAAGUUUCUGAAGGUGUUGCCGUCGUUGAGCUUUCAAAGCAAACGACUGUUCAAGCAACAGGAGUGGCAUCAAGCUUGGUUGAGACUAUACAAGGAGCUGGAUUUAAGUUGCAGACUUUGAAUUUGAGCUUUGAAGAUGAAGAUGAGGCUCUAUCUAGUUAAAUCAUCAUUCUCCUCUGCAUUUUGUGAUUAAAGGACACACUAUGUUCAACUUUAGGCUCCUUUCUUUCUCGCAAGAAAACAAUGUGGUAAAUUACAAAAAAAAAAAAAAAAAAAAAAAGUGGAAAUGAAUGUUUUAUUUGUUGAAAAAGGAGAAAAUUAAUUAAUGGGUCAUAUGGGUUCCCCACGAAGCAUGGAGGUCGAGAAAUUUAUAGACUUUUUUUGGGUUUCCAUGCUUUGGACAAUGCACUUAGGACUUUUUAUAUGAUUGUCUCACAAGUCACAAUGUAAUGGUAUAUAUGGGAUGCAUGUACGGUAUAGUAUAUGGGAUGCAUGUAUUGUACGAUGUGGACAUUGUGGA